CAGUUACAAAAUUCCCGGUAGUGGAAGCGAUACCUCAUUAUCUUUUUGGGAAUUCCGAGACGAGUUUAAUAAUGUGGCGCUAUCUUUUUCCAUAGAUGACACAUUAUUACUUUAUAACCACAUCGAACCAUAACAGCUGACAGCGUGUGCUAUCGGUAUUAUCUAAACAGAAAACGGCUGCAAGAACUCAAAAUAUUUUUAGUAAACUUGUAGUCAUGAAUCCGGAAGUGUAACUUUCAUUUUUUAUUCUUAUAUAUAUUUCAAUAGAAAAUACUCAGUGUGCAAAAUCUAACACUUAGCAGCGGAAAGAGAACAAAAAUAAUCUAGUUAUUACAAGACUUAAGCAGAUUAAUACAAUGGCCACAUUCGAGAAUACAAAUGACGUUUUUGGAUAUGAGGAAGUUCGAGAAAAAAUACUUGCAGGUGAGAUGGACGUAAACACACAAUAUCCAGGAAUCUCUGAUUACGAUCCACCAAUCCUUGAAAUAUCGAUUAAUGAACAAGACACCGAAUUAUUCGAUUACCUUCUCCAGCACGACGUGGAAGUUAAUAGAAUUAUUCCAUUCCGUAAUCAAGCAAUUUAUUUAGCAGUCAACUUUGACGACAUGGAGUACACUGAGAAAUUACUAAAUGCAGGUGCCAUUUGUCCCCCCGUAGAAGAAAGAUACGGAGAAACAUUAGAUGCUAAUAAACUAUUACAACUAGCUAUUGAAAGAAAAAAUAAAGAAAUGGUCAAAUUAUUACUAGAAAAACUAGAUAAAUAUAUCGAUCCUUUCGAUAAAAUCGAAGCUUUUCAGUUUGCUACUGAUUACAAUGAUCCUGAAUUAUCAUUUGAACAGAUUCCGUUUGCUUCAUUAUUAGCCGCUGUGGAACAAAACAGAAUAGAAGUUUUUAAAAAAAUGGCUUCACAAAACGCUGUUCACCUUGAAUAUUUACUCGAAGUCGCCAUUCAGUAUAAUAGGUACGAAUUUGUUGAGUAUAUGCUUAAUAUUGGCGCUGAUGUCAAUUAUUGUUCAAAUGCUCCACCCUUACAUAUCGCCACUGAAAAUGAAAAUAUACCGAUAAUUGAAUUAUUGAUAAGAAAAGGAGCUGAUACAGAUGUACGUACGGCAUUUCGAAAGCCUGCUUUGGAAAUUGCUUGCGAUAAGAAGAAUAUCAAAAUCAUUGAGAUAUUAAUUGCUGCAGGUGCUGAUGCAACUAACUCAUUCGAUAUUAAUAACUCACUUCAUUGUGCAAUUAUUCAAAAUAAUUAUGAAAGAAUCGAAAACUUAGUCAAAAAUGGAGCAGAUAUUAACAACACUGUAUAUUUCAAUAAAUCACCAUUAAUUUUAGCCAUAGAAGAAGGUAAUAAACCAGUGGUAGAAUUAUUAAUUAAGAAUGGAGCUGAUAUUCAUUUUGUCACUGAAUAUGGAAUAACUGCGAUUGUUGCGGCCAUUAAUAAUAAUUAUCUAGAGUUAGUUGAAAUAUUAAUAGACGCAGGAGCUGAUAUUAAUCCUGCCCCUGGACCACUAGCCCCGUUGGAGCGAGCAAUUUUUAUGAAUAAGUAUGAAAUAUGUGAAUACUUAAUACAACGGGGUGCUAACAUCAAUGGUGUUAUUGGAGAUAGUUCGCCAUUACAGGCAGCCGCUCAAAGUGGAAACAAAGAAUUGAUCGAGUUACUUAUCAAAAAUGGCGCAGAUGUGAACUAUGUGUCCGAAUAUUGUAGUUCAGCUUUAGAAACUGUUUGUGUGUGUAAUAAUCUUGAAUUAGCAAAAAUAUUGAUUGACGCCGGUUCGGAUGUUAUUAUAUCAUUAGAUCACUAUUCCCCAUUACAAUCAGCUAUCAAGCAUAACAAUCAAGAAUUGGUUGAGUACCUAAUCAACUACUGUACUAAUGCUAAAAUUACUUGCAAUUAUUCAGCGGCAUUAAUAUAUGCUGUUCAAGAGUACAGAAAGGAAUUGGUGGAGUUACUGAUAAAAAAUGGUGCCAAUAUCGAUUACACGCCAAAAUAUGGGCGUUCACCUCUUUGCUCAAGUAUUAGGUACCGCAGUUCUGAAAUAACAAAAAUUUUAGUAAAAGCCGGCGCUGAUAUAAAUCUGCUUACAGAAAAAUGGACACCAUUAAUUGAAGCUGUAAGAAUGAAAGACUACAAAAUGGCUGAGUACUUGAUAGAUAAUGGUGCUGAUGUAAAUGUUCAUGACGGUUAUGAAACGCCACUAGCUAUUGCUAUUCGGGAUCAUAGAAACGAAAUCGUUAGAUUAUUAGUUAGGCAUGAUGCUAAUGUUAAUAUUGAGGCAGCCAAUGGACAAACAAUUCUGGCUUAUGCUAUCCAGGAAAACAAUUUUGAAUCAACUGAAAUAUUAAUUAAUGCUGGCGCUGAUGUAAGUGUCACUAUUAAUAAUGUUGGAUCAUUAUUACAUUUGGCGCUUUCUCGAUCUGGACCAGAAAUUAUUAGUCUAUUGCUCGAUGUUGGUGUUGAUAUUAAUUUCGUUAACGAAAAUGGUGAUACCGCAAUUGAUGUUUUCUCGAAUACCCAAAAGGCCCAGACAUUAAUUAAGGAGCAUGUUAUUAAAUUAAAAGCUGCUAAUUCAUAUCUUAUCGAUAAAUGUUUAGAUGCUGUGAAAGAUGAUCAAUUUAAUGAUUUUUACGCCCAGUGCUUGGAUGAAAUUGAUUUUUUGAAGACACAAUGGUUCUCCUGGAAAAUGAGUUUCUAUGAUAUUUUAAACUCGUGUGUGAGUAAAAUAUCUCGAAGUAUUAGAUCCAUCAGUAGAGAUGAUAUUAUCUUAGAUCAAAAGUCACUACGCAGUAAAUUUAAGCUGUAUGGAGGAAUUAUCUACUAUCGUCUGUUAAAAGCUGAGCCGCGUAAAGAAUUGUUGGUUCGUGCUGAUAAAAUAAUUUCUAAUUUAUUUGGUUAUUUGCUACAAGAUAUUUAUGUACAAGAUAUUUUUGACUAUUUUAGUGAUGAGGAUCUUAAGAUUUUGUGUGGUCUAAACUAAUCAUUAGAAUUAAGAGUCAAAUUCACCUGUACUCGUUGUAAGUCAGAUUUUAAAUUCAAUAUUUUUCUUGAAUCAAUUAUUAUUUAUUCGAUGUACUUUUGUAAAUAUACAUAAAAUAAAUAUGUUUUCU